AUGAUUGGUGAUCGGGGGGGCAAUGGGGGCAGAUUUACUGCGUCAGAUUUACUGCGUCACGCGGUGGGAUGGUGCGUAAACUCGAUCCUACUUCCGCAGGGCUCCAGGCACAUGAAGUGGGUGAGCGGGGUGCCCUGGACGCUCUGGACCUCGAACUCGACGAUGACGCCGUCCACGGCCUUGACGGCGGCCAGGGCCUUGUCCAGGGCGUCCAGCGACGGGACCUUGAGGGCCAGGUGGUGCAGGCCGACGUUGCCCUUCCGGUCGAACGGGACCGGGGCGUCCGUCUGGGCCUUCCACACAGUCAGCAUCACGGCGCCGUCCGACAGGAAGACCGACGGGUACUCCGGCACGCCGCCCACACGCUUGAAGCCCACCGCCUCGAAGAACGACACCGUCUUCUCCACGUCGCCGACCGUCAGCCCGACGUGGCUCGUUCCGCACGUUAACGCCAUUGUGUUGAUUUUGUUUAAUUGGCACCGGGAACACCGCAAGGAGCGUGCCGCCUUUUUAUACCGCCUCGCCGUCCAUGGUCGGUUGCUUAUAGACAGCACCUACAAUACGUGCGUGCUGUAG